UAAUGCUUCAUUAAACAGACCUGAAGGAAACGUGCGCAGCCGCGAACGGGAGAAAUAAACAAAUGCACACGUUUUAAAUAGCAAACAACGGCCAACGCUUAUUGACAGGGUUAAUACGUUUAUAAUAUUUUGCCUCUUUCCUCGCCAGACGACCAACAGUAAACGGCAAUUAUCAACAGUGACGGCUGUGAAGUUAUAAUUCUUGCAGCUGACGAUGCUUCUGCACGGGUCCAUGUUUGUAUUGGGAUCAGCACUGUUGGUUCAACUGGCAGGCUGCCAGCAGUGUGUCUCAACUGACACUCCGGCUCCACCAGAGGUCUGUCGGUACAAUGGUACUUUGUAUGCAGCCUGCACAAUGAAACCCAGCACUUCACAAACUGAAGGUCUGCCCAAAAUGUACGGCCAGGUGCUGUUAAAGCAAGAUUAUCCUCAUGGAAAACUCAAUGUCCUUCUUCAGUUCAAUGGCUUUCCCACAGAGGGUGAUCCAGAGCUGAGAGCGUUGCACAUCCAUCAGUACGGAGACCUGAGCCAAGGGUGUGACUCCACUGGCGGCCACUACAAUCCACAUGGUGAAAAUCACCCCAACCACCCAGGAGACCUUGGCAACUUUGAGCCCCAUGAAGGAAAAAUACAUACAAUGAUAGAAUCUGAGGCAACACUGUUUACAGAGCUGUCUGUGAUUGGAAGAGCCAUGGUGGUCCAUGAAAAGAUGGAUGACUUGGGGCGUGGUGGCGACGGGGGGAGCCUGCUGCAUGGUAACGCAGGCCGGAGGCUUGGCUGCUGCAUUAUUGGGAUUUCCCCUCCCGAACCCUGGAUUAUGAACUAUAAGCUUUAUACUAGGCGGCUGAGGAGAAAUUAGUUUUACAGGAAUAGUGUAGGUCAAAUUACAAAUUUGGUCUGUAUUCAUAUUCAUUCAUUGUCUGAUAGCAAUACAAAUAGGUUGUCAUUAAUCUCAAAUAAAGUAUCUCAACUUCAACUGUUGAGACUCCGCCCACUCCUCCUCUCUAACUCCAUCUGCCAGAUGGAUCGUGGAGGUCCCAAUCGUGGAAUAUGCCUACUACCAACUAAUCAUACACUGUCAUAUUCAUUGAAUGUGUUUUAACACUAAUCUGUCCUUCUGUACACAUUACAUCUAUUGCACCUGUCCAUCCUGGAGAGGGAUCCUCCUCUGUUGCUCUCCUGAAGGUUUCUUCCCUUUUUUCCCCCCAUGAAGGGUUGUUUGGGAGUUUUUCCUGACCCGAUGUGAGGUUUUGGGGCAGGGAUGUCUAUGUGUACAGAUUGUAAAGCCCUCUGAGACAAAUUUGUAAUUUGUGAAACUGGGCUAUAACAAAUAAACUGAAUUGAAUUGAAUUUGGACUGGAAUGAAAUUAUGCUAAUUCUGUAAAAGUACACAUGCUUAAAUUAUGGUUAGCAUAGCAAACAACGCUUUGCAUUGUAAACAUGCAAGCAUGUUGUUAACCUCUAUCUUAAAUAACCUGAAGAUUACCUUCCAGGGCUCACUUGAUUCCAUAUGUAAUACAAGUUUUCCAACAACAAAGCAUUGUUUAUUAUUCAGAAAUAAAUCAAUUUUGUACACAUUUUUGCACACAUUUAACACAUAGGGCUGGUGAGUUAAUGUGUCACCACUAAAACAGGACAAUACAUCAGUGCUGGCAAACUAGAUGUUGUGGCUCAAUUGUAUUCCAGACUAUAUUCUGUAAAUGUAUUCUUAUAAUUAAGGUUUGUUCAAUGUCACCUGACAAAUCCUUGUAUAUCAUCAAAUAUUGGUUUUAAAGAAGCCCACCAAGGAGAUAAAUAAAAGCAUGUGGUAAAUUGUCAUGCAUUUUAUAUAGCUUUGAUAAUGUUGAUAAAAAUAAAAAAUAAAGUGUGUUUAGCAAAAAAAGCCAAAUGCCUCUAUCUGUAAAAUAUUAGACAAUAAGAAAUUAAAUGGUUUGAAAUGUG